GGUAAAUGAACCGUUUUCCGACACAAUUUGGUGAAAGCUCGGGAAAGCCUUCAGAAAGCCUCGGUUUCCCAUCACUACGUACACGGAUCGUUAUCCGUCUUCUUGUUUCAUGUAGCUAGGAACUCGGAUGGCCACGAUAUCCAUGUAGACACACACCACUGGAUAGUAACAACAAUGGGACGUUGGGGGAAACACCCUGUUACUUUGAGCCAAGAUGGCGCCGCUUUAACCCCGCCUCACUCUAGCCUACCACCUGUUUAAUGACGCUACUCGAAACACACGGCGAAGACGCCCUUAGCAACAAACCAGACAAUCACAUCAAAAAUAGGAGCUCCUGCUGCUGACAAGACUGGUUAAAACAUAAGUCGUUUUAACGGCGCUAACGCACUGAGGACAUUACAUUAUUACCCGAAAGAGACGCCAGCGUCUCUGAAUUCAACGAGAACGGGGCUUUUGCCCAGAGUUGAGGUAACGUUAGCUAGCUAACCGACGAUAACCCCUCUCAAGCGAAAACGGCUUCCCAAGCAUUCCGGAAGGAGGACGAACCCUGGGCCGAUCGAAGCAGAAGCUCACUAGUUAUAUUGCUAACUAGUCAGUCACCGCAAAGUACACUCGAGAUUUUUCCUUAUGGGAAUGGUUCUCUGGGUGGAUAUAGUAAUCAACCGACAGAGAAAGGCGAGGGCCACACGGGUCAGACAGCUAAGCUGUCAUUUUGGGACUCAAACUAUUUUGGACAGUCGGAGUAAUUUAGCGUUUGCUCACUCGGACGUGUGUUUUUGUGGCUGUGCUGACGGAAACGAGAAACGACCCCCAUCGCUGGAACUUUUCAGACUUUUCAGACUGCAGGGCUAGCGAGUUGGCAAAGCCAUGGUUUUAGGACGAGAGCAAGGUCAGAUUGUGUAGGUAGAGAGUCCUACCUAGAAUAUUAAGUUGAGCAAGUGAGGAAAGCUAUAUUAAACCAACUUAUGUAACGUUAGCUAUAUUUCAUCCAACAAAGUUGGCUAGCAGGAUAUAUUUUGGAUCCCUUGAGCUAGCAACACGAGCACGAAUUGCAAGUGAUACAAGCUGCACUCUUAAGUAUUUUAUUAUAACUAGCCAAGUGUUGGCUAGUUUUUUUUUAUACGGUUGUUUUUACUAAAGAUUUUUAACUUCCACCUCGGAUGCUGGCUUCAACGUUAAACUGCAAUCAUGAUGGUAUUACAGAGAAAAGCAGAAGGCCCCAUAACAGCAGCGCGGCAUGGUGACGGCCUCUAUAACUCCUACAUGAGAACUGACCACCUACUGAAGGAAGAAGCAGACACACACAGUCCCGCUGGCCUGCCCCCGAUACCCAAACACACUCCGUGCCCCUCCCCUGUUCCCUCUAAGCCGUGCGCCCUCCCCCUGUUCCCUCUAAGCCGCGCCCCUCCCCCUGUUCCCUCUAAGCCGCGCCCCUCCCCCUCUGCGCCCCUCCCCCUGUUCCCUCUAAGCCGCGCCCCUCCCCCUGUUCCCUCUAAGCCGCGCCCCUCCCCUGUUCCCUCUAAGCCGUGCCCCUCCCCCUGUCCCUCUAACCCCCGCGCCCCUCCCCUGUUCCCUCUAAGCCGCGCCCCUCCCCCUGUUCCCUCUAAGCUGCGCCCCUCCCCCUCCCUAAGCUGCGCCCCUCCCCCUGUUCCCUCUAAGCUGCGCCCCUCCCCCUGUUCCCUCCUGACUACCUCAAGCGGCAGGACGGAAGAUGAAUGGGUGUAUGAGGGUUUCAGCAGCAGGGAGAGGGAGGCGGAGAACCUGGCUUUGACAAUGUUCGUCCAGUGUCAUUUGUUAAUAAUAUUAUGGUUCCACCAGGUGUAUUUCCUGGGUCCCAACGCUAAGAAGCGUCCUGCAGUUGCYGGGGGCAACAACAAUGGGGGUUUUGAUGACGAGCAGGGGGGGUACAUCCAUGUACCCCACGAUCACCUGGCCUUCAGAUACGAGUUCCUCAAAGUCAUCGGCAAGGGUAGCUUCGGACAGGUAACACUUGUGAUAGACUUCGGUUCGUCAUGUUUCCAUCACCAGCGUGUCUACACGUACAUCCAGUCCCGCUUCUACCGUGCCCCUGAGGUCAUCCUGGGGUCACGCUACGGUCUCCCCAUUGACAUGUGGUCAUUUGGCUGUAUCCUGGCUGAGUUGCUGACAGGGUACCCCAUGUUCCCAGGGGAGGACGAGGGGGAUCAGCUGGCCUGUGUCAUGGAGCUCCUGGGCAUGCCCCCUACCAAGCUGCUGGAGCAAGCCAAGAGAGCUAAGAACUUCAUCUCCUCCAAGGGUCACCCGCGCUACUGCGGGGCGAACACCUUGCCCAGUGGGGCCACUGUGUUCACAGGCUCCCGCUCGCGCAGGGGGAAGCUCCGGGGUCCUCCGGCCAGUAAAGAGUGGAGCGCGGCCCUGAAGGGAUGUGAAGAUCUCACUUUCACAGACUUUAUUAAGAGGUGUCUAGACUGGGACCCUUCCAGCAGACUGACCCCUAGUCAGGCCCUCAGACACCCCUGGCUGUACCGACGCCUGCCUAAGCCCCUGGCCUCCGCCGUCGGGGAGAAGAAAGGAGCCACGGAACACCACUCUACCUCCUUACCGUCCAUCCUGCCGGCUAAAGGAGUGAGCGGCACGGCGGCAAAUCCCAACAAACUGAGAGCCAACGUGAUGGGAGACUCGGCAGGGUCCAUACCCCUCCGCACCGUGCUGCCCAAACUGGUCUCAUAGACAGAUGGGAGAGAGAGGGACAGAACCAGGAGGGUUUAAAUUAGUUGGCUUCUUCUUUUUGGUUUUCUGUGUUUUUAAUUAUUUUGAAACGUGUGGACACUCCAGGUGUUGAUUUAGAAUUGUAUCUGAAGGUGCGUUGAUGAACCGGCCGUUGGACAGACGAUUAUAAAGGUUUUUACAGCA